GGCUUUUUCCAAGGAAGCCUUGGCAGAUCGAAUUUCUUCUGAAUCCAUCGUGCUAUUUACUGAUUUUAGACGGACCAGCAAUAUAUAUGCAUUUAAUUAUGCCUUUACCAAACCAAACUCACUUUGGCUAACAACUAUUCUGUAUUUUCCAACCUCUUGGACUAGAGUAGUGGUAGGUAGAAACUUAUGCAUUCAGAAAUAUCGCUUAGUACUUAGUUAAUUUUUACCACUUACCUCAAAGUUGACUUAUGGUCAAUCAAUAAGAAAAACAAGUCGUGCAUUGAAAAUAAUAAAAGGAAUCAUUCAUCGGAAGGAAUAUUAACUGGAAAGCUCUGGUAUAUCAUCCUGCAUUGGUUUCUGGUAUACACAAGAGUUUCUUUGAGAUUUCACGCGUACUAGUAGAUACACAAAGACUAUUGUGAAAUACAACGAAGAAGAAACUGACGAAAAGAAAAGAAUACGCGAAUCCGGAUCCUCUGAAGCAAUACAUUGUUGACGGGAGAUUUAUACUCAGUAUUUUGAAGUUUAACCAUGGCAAGAUAAUUCACUCGGAUAUCUUUUGAUAUCAAGACUUUUCAUACGAAACGUUUCAGCGCUCUUUUGCACCUGGUCAAUCUUUUUGCUAGCAUACAUCAAGACAUAUUUCUAGCCAUACAUUAUCGUUCCUUCUCGCGUUUUUUUUAAUAAUUUAGAUUUAAGUAUAAAUGCCUACCGAAAGCAGCUCUAAGGAUCAAUUGAACUCAACUGAAGUAUUAUCAGAUGUGGAUGCAGACAUAAGUUGGGAGGAAGCAGCGACUUCCUUACUCACAGAACUUGAAGAAUCCUCUUUUUCUUCUCCAAGUCCUUCUAAAUUAUCUAAUACUAAACCGUCCGUGUUGCAAGAGCAUUCAAACAUUAAUUCUAACCAAUGUAUCCAACCGACAUUGGAAGGCAAGAUUGUGCGGGAUUUGAGCUUUAAACCAAGGUUGGUGACAGAAUAUGAGCAAGAAAAUUAUUGGGAGAAAGAUAUAGAAGCUUUAAAUUAUUGGGUUUAUCCUGAAAUGGAUGAAUUUCGUGAAUACCAAAGGUGCUUUUGUGAAUUAGCUUUUUACCAUAACCUUUUAUUAGCAUUGCCUACAGGCUUAGGGAAAACCUUUAUCUCUGCUGUCGUAAUGCUAAAUUUUUAUCGUUGGUUUCCUACCGGAAAAGUGAUAUUUAUUGCUCCCACAAAACCUCUUUUACAACAGCAACGAACAGCCGUUAUCGAAAUUACGGGAAUACAUGCAUAUAAUACAACUGAAUUAAACGGAAAUGUCUCAAUAGAAGCUCGCUGUAAAGAAUACCGUUCGAAGAGAAUCUUUUUUAUGACUCCACAGACUCUGAAUAAUGAUUUGCGUUCGGGGUUCGUCGAUGCAAGAAGCAUAGUAUGUUUAGUUAUUGAUGAGGCACAUAAGGCUACAGGAAGUCAUGCUUAUGCGCAAGUAAUUCGAACUAUUCUUAAACAUAACAGUCACUUUCGAGUUUUAGCUUUAACUGCAACUCCUGGUUCUACUACUUCAGCUGUUCAAAAAGUCAUUGAUUGCUUACAUAUAUCUAAAGUUAUUGUACGUAACGAGGAAAGUGUGGACAUUCGACCGUAUGUUUUCCAUAAGAACAUUCAGGUUCUUAAAGUUGAGCUUACUCGUGACAUGCAAUACUUAAAGGCUGACUUUGCAGACAUGUACUUUCCAUUUUUUGAUUUUCUUCGAAAAAAGAAAGUUAUUCCUGGUACAUGUGAUCUUAAAAAUCUGAAAUCUUACGUUCUUUUAUUGGCCUUAAGGAAAUAUUCUUUUAGACAAAAGGAAAACCAAGAUAAAGAAAAGCUAAAAAUUUUCGGCUAUUUUAAGUUACUUAUUACUUGUGCUCAUGCUAUGUAUCUUUUAGAUUGUCAUGGGAUUAUUCAGUUUUAUCAGAAGCUUCACGAGAUACAGACAGAAACAGAAGAAAGAAAGAGUGGAGAACUAUAUCGAUUAUUUUCAAGUAAUCCAUUUCAUUUUUAUAUGAAUCAUUUGCAACAUCUAAUUGCAAAUGAUCAUUUUAUGAACCAUCCAAAAAUUACGCACCUUACCGGUAUUUUAAAAGAACACUUUCAACAGGCAACUCAACUAAAUAGUAAUUCCAGAGUUAUGAUAUUUACAGAGUAUCGUAUUACGGCUGAACAAAUACUGAAAGCUUUUUCGAACGAAAAGCCUCUCAUUAGAACUUCUCUAUUCGUUGGCCAAGCAAACUCUGUGGACUCUGUGGGGAUGAGCCAAAACCUUCAGAAAGAGAUUAUAUCCCAAUUUAAAGCUGGCAUCAUUAACGUUUUGGUUGCUACUUGCAUUGGUGAAGAGGGUUUAGAUAUUGGGGAUACAGAUAUGAUUGUUUGCUACGAUACUUCUAGCUCACCUAUCCGUAUGAUUCAAAGAAUGGGAAGAACAGGCCGUAAAAAGGAUGGAAAGGUUUUCAUCCUUGUUACCAAAAACUCUGAAGAUGUAAAAUGGGAGAGAGCGAAGGCUUCAUAUAGAAGAGUUCAAAAAGUGAUUGAAAAUGGGCAAAAAUUGAUACUUAAAACGGAUGUUCCUCGUUUACUUCCACCGACAUGUAGUCCAACAAUCAGGUUUCAGAAAUUAAACUCAAUUCAUCAGCAGUCAUUUGCGGGUUUAACUGAUAAUGAUAAACGAGAUGAAUCACAAGUUGAAACUCUUGGGUCACAACCAAGACGCCAGUUACCGUCGAUUGUCGAUGAUGAAUUUGAAGAUAUGAAAAGCAAUCUUAGAAUACCUACGCCUGAAAUCAAACUGCGAAGAUAUUUAGCGGACUAUAGAAGUACAGUCUAUCAUACCCAUGGUACUUCCAUAAACCUAACAAAGUCAGCCAUAGUCUCGAAAGUGAGAACCCCCUACAAAAUUGGUACCAAGUCUUUACUUGACUUUCAAAUUUCAGCUCUUCAAACGAAAUUCAAGAGUUGUACCCAUGAAGAGAUACAACGGUAUAAAAAGUAUGAGGGGAAAUGGAAGCGGAAGAAAAGAAAGCUCAUCUGAUAAUACUUUAAUGUUUAAUUGCAUAAUUUAGAAAUAUCAAACCCAAAAAUGAAACAGUCGUACUUUAAUGACUAAGUAGAUUUAUUUAUAAUACCAAGAAUUAGAUAAUGAAAAGAAAAGUCCGAACUUAGCUGGCUAUUUAAUUGGAUUUAAUUUUUCGGCUUCUUAAGUAUGCUUGAAAUAAGUAUUCCACAG